CCUUUUCAUUGGCAUAGAAGCGAUCUUCGACUGCUAUCUUGAAAAUACCCUUGCUUCUCCUGCAUAUUUCACAUAAGCCACCUAAACAUGUCUGCCAGCGCUUCCAACCCCAUCUGCUCUUCUCCUCUCUAUUCACAUCAAACAAAGCUUUCAGGACGCACGGCUUCACCGUGCUCGGUCUUCUUCCCAUUGAACGGUAAGCGUCCGUCCACGUGUACGCCCAGCAGGCCCUCUCGGCUGUCUGUCGCAAGACCACAGGCCACAGCAGAGCAAAAGGAUGGCUCGGCAGAUGUACCCGUGGAACAGAGGAAAGGAACGGUGAUGGAGCGAACGCCUCGACGUUCGACCGUCGAUCUCUCUCCCUUCGGUUUGCUGGAUCCUCGCUCUCCCAUGAGGACCAUGCGGCAGAUGCUGGAGUCCGUGGAUCGGCUUUUCGAGGACGCGAUGAUGUUCCCCGGUUCGAACCUACCAGUUAGGGAGAUUCGGUCGCCGUGGGACUUCCAGGAGGACGAGAAAGAGGUGAAGAUACGUUUCGACAUGCCUGGUCUCUCUAAGGAGGAGGUGAAGCUCUCUGUAGAGGACGAUGUCCUCGUCAUCAAGGGCGAGCACAAAGCAGUGGACAAGGACGGUGACACGUGGUCGGCCAGGAGCUUUAGCUCCUACGACAUGAGGCUGCCGCUUCCUGAUAACUGCGAGAUGGAUAAGAUCAAAGCGGAGCUGAAGAAUGGUGUUCUGUUCAUAUCCAUUCCGAAGAAACCGGUUGAGCACAAGGUGAUCGAUGUGCAGAUUCAGUGAGAGAUGGACGGUCUUGAUGAAAGAGAGGGUUGUAGGUUUCGUGGUGUGUUAAGUAGUUUGUAUGGCGAAUGUAAUAAAAAUUUUGUUGCUUAAUGAGUGUUUCACUCAAGAAACUUGUGAGGCCUACAAUUUGUUGAUCCAAGCCGUUCAAAUUGUCAUUCU